UAUAUAUUUGUUCCAUUCCGUGCGCGGUGAAUGGUGAUCUUAUUGUAUUUGAGACUUGAGUUGGAAUUCAUGGCUAUUGGUAAUGAGAAUCAGCCACAACAAUCUGAAGGCAAAGUGUGGAAUUUGUUCAAGCUUCCCUUUCGCCAUUCAACUUCAACUCCUCACAAUCACAAUCAAGUUUCCACCUCCAAUUCUGUUUCUUCCUUUGCCAAAUCGCUCCUCCCCUCACCUCGUCGUCUUAAGCUUGAUCCUUCCAACAAGCUCUACUUCCCUUAUGAGCCGGGCAAGCAGGGUAGGAGUGCCAUCAGGAUUAAAAACACCAGCAAAUCCAACGUAGCUUUCAAGUUUCAAACAAAUGCACCCAAGAGUUGUUUCAUGCGCCCUCCUGGGGGCAUUCUGGCACCGGGCGAGAGUAUAAUUGCAACUGUGUUCAAGUUUAUAGAACAUCCAUUGAAUAAUGAAAAGCCAGAAAAAACUGGACUCAAAUUCAAAAUCACGAGCUUGAAGGUCAAAGGACCAAUUGAUUAUGUCCCUGAAAUGUUUGAUGAGCUGAAGGAUCAAGUAACAGUGGAGCAGAUUUUGCAGGUUGUUUUUCUUGAUCCAGAGCGUAACUGUCCUGCUUUGGAAAAACUGAAGCUUCAGCUGGUUGAGGCUGAUGCUGCUGUUGAGGCACGUAAGAGAGCCCCAGAAGAUGCAGGUCCUAAGAUUCUCGGAGAAGGGCUCGUCGUAGAUGAAUGGAAAGAGAGGAGGGAAAGAUACCUGGCCAAACAGCAGGGUGAAGUGGUAGUGGACUCUAUAUAGCUAAGUUUUGAGUAGGAAAUUGUGUUACUGCGGGAAGGUGACUUUAGGGAAACAAUUAUAUUUAAUCACAACGUUUGGCUUAGCGAAAAUUAAAGUGGUGAAUGACUAGCGUGAAGUGUUCUUUUGAGAAACUUAUGAUUGGAUGAGAACAUCCUCUAUUAUGUACAUAAGUGUCAGUGUCAUUGGAUUUGGGUUUCCUGGAAUGAUAUUUUGAUGGAUUGAUGUAAAAUGGUAGUUUUUGUAAGAUGGAUGAUUUGCUGUCAUGGCAUGGUUUCAUGGUAAACUUCAAUUGUUGAGAUUUUCAUCCAGAAAAAGGGUUGAUCUUUAGCAUGGUGUGAAACUCUGAAAUGUGAAUGUAAGUAGAAAAGUUAUAUAUUACCUCUCAUCCUUUUUUAUAGAAACUUUUUAGAA